CAACACUGGUCGAGUUUGCCGCUGCCAGACGUACCGCAAUUCUGUUUAUUAUCGUGUGUUUUUUGAUAAUUUUCUAUUAAAAUGGUAUUAAUAAUGCCUAUUAGCCCACCUGAGCACGGUCUCUUAUAUACCGCGAAUAAUAUCAAGCUUAAGCUUGGAGAUAAAAUUGUUGGUCCCGGCACAGUAUAUAUUUCACAAAACACGCUGUCUUGGCAGCCGGCUGAUCUUGCUGAAGGGAUUUCGAUUGAAUGGAAGCAAGUUAGCCUGCAUGGAAUUUCGUCGAAUCCUAGAAAAUGUAUUUAUUUUAUGCUGGACCGGAAAGUAGAAUGGGAAGGCGUCUAUAUGGGUCAAUCUCCCGAAGUCAAUGGACAGAACGGGGGCGGUGGGGAUGAGCUGCGUCGAAAUGCUGUUGCUCUUGCCAAUAACGAAGUUGACGAGGGCAACGGCAGUGAUGAACACGACCAGGAUGAUGAGGACGACGACGAUGAUAAUUUCGAGGAUGCUAUCGAUCAACAUUUGGAUGAAGUAACCGAGUGCUGGUUGCUACCUGACGAUAUUCACACUGUGGACACCAUGUACAAUGCGAUGACCACUUGCCAGGCCCUGCACCCUGAUUCGGCAGAUAGCAACUCUGAGGAUAGCGAUCCGAUGGAGGAUGCAGGUGGCGUUGGAAUGGCCUUCGAUGACCAGGACAUGGCUGAGGAUGCACACACACUAGGACGCAACGGCGGCGAAGUAGGUGGCAUGCGAAAUCUAAGUCUGGACGAUGAUGAUGAACGCUUCGAGGAUGCGGAUGAAUAAGGCUGCAGAAAAGUGCACUAACCUACUCCCCACAUAAACAUAACAUACAUACGUAUUUAUAUAUUUGAAUAUUUUAUACAAAUUAUAAGUCUAAAGAGUACGAUUUGUGAAAAUAUCUGAUUAGCUUUUGGAAUACUAUAUACAUAUAUUAUACUAAACGCUGUAAGCGCAC